AAUUAAAUGGAAUUGUAGAUGUUCAAAUGGUCCAUUUAGUAGCUGAUCUUGAUUGUAUCACAGUUGUAGCAGUUGUUUAAGAUCAAAGCCAAUAGAAACCAUGUAUUGUUUUAUGCGAAGUCUGGAUAUGGCACUAGAAUUAUUAUAGACUAAAUGAAGAAAAUGAAAACAACUAAGGGAAAUAAAUCUGGUGGUGCUGAACUUUAAUGCACUCAGAACAGGAAGGAGAAAGUAACAUUUAUGACUCCUUUCCCUUUUCCAGAGAGACGCAGAAUCCCCUCUUCCUCUUCCGGACAUCAUGUCAGGGGCUUUACCAGAGCUUGCAACAGCCAAGCGACGGCAUAAAAGUACCACAGAUAUCCCCUACCGGGGAAACAUUUGCCUGCUUCCACCUUCCACUCUCGGUCUUACAGAAACAGAGCAAGCCGUCUUGUGUCGCUGCUCACUGAGAGAGACCAAUACUGUUUCACGCUACCCUUGCCAUUCCCUCAGUGUGCCUAACAUGGUCAGUACCAACCCGCUUCGUGUCAUUAACAGUCCCCUCCACAGCACCCAGCUCUCACCUGUGCACAGCAACAUAUCCAGCCCAACUAGAGAGGUGGAGAAGCUGGCCAAAGCCCGGAGUAAACUCCUGGAGAGUGAGUGUAACCAAACCCCCACCCUUCCUCCAGAAACCAGAGAGCAAAUUCGCUAUGUCUCCAAGGACGGAAAGUGCCGCGUCAACCUGGGUCACAUUUCUGAGAGGGGUUGUUUUCUGUCUGACAUCUUUACCUCUUUUGUGGACCUUCAGUACCGCUGGUUUCUUUUUGUAUUCAUGAUGUGCUACGUCACCACCUGGUUCCUCUUUGCAGGGCUCUACUUCUUGAAUGCUUCCUUCCGGGGUGACCUAGGUCAAGAGCGACCACUCGGCAGUCCAGAAGGCCGCCUCGUAGACCAAAGACCCUGCUAUUUAGGUAUAUAUGGAUUCAUCUCAGCUUUACUCUUCUCUGUGGAGACGCAGCGCACCAUUGGUUAUGGCUCACGCACCAUGUCUCCCACCUGCCACGAGGGCGUGCUGCUGGUUAUGAUGCAGUGCAUUGUUGGGUCCAUGAUAGAUGCUCUCAUGGUCGGUUGCAUGUUUGUCAAAAUAUCCCGACCUAAGAAGCGGGCUGAGACACUUCUUUUCAGUCGCACUUGUGUGAUUUCCAACCGUGAUGACCAGCUGUGUUUGAUGUUCCGUCUUAGGGACCUGAGAGAGAGCCACACGGUGGAUGCCAAGGUUCGUGCAAAGUUGAUCAAGUCCCGCCAGACAGCUGAGGGGGAGUUCUUGCCACUUGAGCAGACGUUGAUUGACCUCGGUUAUGAAACUGGGUCGGACCGACUCUUCCUGGUGGAGCCUCAAGUGAUUCAGCAAAAUAUUGGCUCUAACAGUCCACUGUGGGAACUGGGCUCUCAGCAGCUUAGGCGACAGCAGUUUGAGAUAAUCGUUAUCUUGGAGGGAAUUGUUGAAGCUACAGGUGAGUAAUCAAUAAAAGUAGUAGUCAACAAGAGAUACAGAAUCACACAAAUAAAGCGGAUGUAAAGCUUUUCAUUCAACAUGUGUUCUUACUUUACCCCAGUGGUUUAUAGCAACACACAGUUUUGGUUUCUGCUUCCACUCCAUCCAUAUUUGUGGUAUUUUACUGAAAAUAUCCUGGUAUUGAGACAUGACAUCAGCAAUUUCACUGGGACUUUUCUUCAGUGGUUGGUUCCCUGUAAGCAGUUCACCUCAAGGUCUGCUGGAGACAUGUUAUUUUAACACCACAAGGGACAAUCCCAAACCCUCACUGGUUUGACUGGAAACAGAAAUCUCAACAAUGUCUGAGCACCACAAGGGGUAUGUGAAAAUAACAUGUUGUUUGUAACCGAUUUACUUCCAUUGCUUCU